AUGCUCGCGUACCUCGCCAGGGGGGACAAGCGUGACAUGCGCAAGGUACUCUGGGGCACCGUUGCCGCCUUCGGCGUGGCCUGGGUCCUCCUGCUCGCCGCGUGGGCCAGCGGCCUGAGAGCGCUGGGGCAGGAGACGACGUGCUGGGUCCAGGACGACCAGAACGACGGCAUCGUGGCGGCCAAGGGCAAGCUCGGGGACAUCGCGAACGGCGCCGGCUACGGGCUCGGCUACGUCAUCGGGGGCUGGGCCCUGCUCAACCCGAUCCUCGCAGUCACAGCGCUCCGCGUCGUGGCCGACGUGAAGGCGGGCCCCCCGAAGAAGGAGGAGGCCAGCGAGGACGGUGCGGCCGAAGUCUCGACCAUCUGA